ACUUCAGAUAAGAAUUGGAAUCCAUGUUUACAUGAUGAAACUGCCAAGUUAUUCUACAAGCUUGUACGACUGGAUAACCUUUUUGCUUACUGGAAUGUGAAAUCAGAGAUGUUCUACCAUGGUGGUUGUGAUGAAUCAUUGGCUCACUUAAAACAGGGAGUUGCCAGCCACAAUGUGAUUCCAGAAGGUUAUGAUUUUGUAUUCCGCCCAAUUUCAGCUAAAGCCAAACUUCUUAUGAAUCCUCGAUCUGAUGUUGACUUUUCAUCACCGAAAAUGGAUUUAGAUGUAAAUUUGCAGGAUAUAACUGUUGAAUUCAAUAAACCACAGUACUUCAGUGUUAUGGAGCUUCUUGAGUCUAUUGAUAUGAUGACUCGAAAUCUGCCAUAUAGGAAGUACAGGCCUGAUGUUCCUUUGCACAACAAUGCCAAGACAUGGUGGAAAUAUGUUAUUUAUGGCAUCCUUGAAGUUAAUGUUCAACCUAAGCUCCAAAUGUGGUCAUGGGAACAUAUUCAGCACCAUAGGAAACAAGUGAAGAACUAUAAAGACAUGUAUAAAACAAAGAUAACAUCAAAAAAACCUAAUGAAGAAAUCUUAAAAUUGUUGGAGGAAUUCGAAAAGGCCUUGGAUAUUUUUAACAUCACUCUAGCAAGGCAACAAGCAGAAGUUGAGGCAACUAAGGCUGGAUUAAAAAUCUACAGACCAGGAGUGAAACAGGAUGAUGAAAAUUCUGGUGGCUGGUUUAGUUGGAUAUGGAGCUGGUCAAGUGAAAAAAAGGAUGAACAAAAACAAGAAGUAAAGGGUUCAAGUCUUGAAGAGCUGAUGACACCUGAAGAGAAGGCUAAACUUUAUGCAGCAAUUGGAUAUAGUGAAACAGCUGUGGAUCCAACCCUUCCAAAAUCAUAUGAAGCCAUGAAGUUCUCUGCGAAGUUAUUAAGCAUGUCUAUAUCAAUAAGAGAAAACAAGCAAAGUCCUGAGCUGGUAGAAUUUGCAUUAACUGGCUUGAGUACGGUAUUUACCCAACGACCAGGUGCACAAGCAAUAAGAUUUGAAACAAAAAUUACCUCACUUGAAGUUACAGGCAUGUCUCGAGAAAAAUGUACACCCUGUCUCUUAUCUUCUCGGACAGUCUAUUCAGACAAGAGUACCUCACUCUUAAGCAUAAUGUUUGAGACUAAUCCUUUGGAUGAGAAAGCAGAUCAGAGGCUUAGAAUAGAAUCACAGCCACUGGAAAUAGUGUAUGAUGCAAUGACAAUAAAUAACUUAGUGGAUUUCUUCAGGCCUCCAAAAGAUGUACAUUUAGAGCAACUGACAUCAGCAACUCUGAUGAAGCUUGAAGAGUUUCGUGAAAAAACAUCAACAG